CCUCCAGAGCCCUAGAUGUCGCUGUGGCUCCACGAAGGGGCGGGUAGGACUCUCUGUGGUCAUAAAGUUGGGGGCGGAGCAGCCGAGAGUGGUUGGGCAGUGAUGGCUGAUGAAGAGGAAGAAGUCAAGCAGAUGUUACCGAAAUUGCAGGAACUGGUGGAUCAGCUCUAUUCAUUUCGAGACUGCUAUUUCGAGACACACAGUGUUGAGGAUGCUGAGAGGAAGCAACAGGAUGUGCGGGAGGAGAUGGAGAAGACCCUGCAGCAGAUGGAGGAAGUAGUGGGUUCUGUCCAGGGCAAGGCACAGGUUCUAAUGCUAACUGGGAAGGCACUGAAUGUGACUCCUGACUAUAGCCCUAAGGCUGAGGAGCUUCUGUCAAAGGCUGUGAAGCUGGAGCCCAACCUGGUGGAAGCCUGGAAUCAGCUGGGUGAGGUGUACUGGAAGAAAGGGGAUGUUGCAGCUGCCCACACCUGCUUCUCAGGAGCCCUCACCCAUUGCAAGAACAAAGUUUCCCUUCAAAACCUGUCAAUGGUGCUUCGCCAGCUACGGACUGAUGCUGGAGAUGAACAUGCUCGCCAUGUCAUGGACAGUGUCCGACAGGCUAAGUUGGCCGUGCAGAUGGAUAUCCAUGAUGGUCGCUCCUGGUAUAUUCUGGGGAAUGCAUACCUUUCUCUUUACUUCAAUACUGGCCAGAACCCUAAGAUCUCCCAACAAGCCCUCAGUGCCUAUGCCCAAGCAGAGAAGGUUGACAGGACAGCUUCCAGCAAUCCUGAUCUUCAUCUGAACAGGGCAACGUUACAUAAGUAUGAAGAGAAUUAUGGGGAGGCCCUGGAGGGCUUCUCUCGGGCUGCAGCACUGGAUCCUGCCUGGCCUGAGCCCCGGCAACGAGAGCAACAACUCCUGGAAUUCCUGAAUAGAUUAACCAGCCUCCUUGAGAGCAAGGGAAAGGUGAAGGCCAAAAAGUUGCAGAGCAUGCUGGGAAGCUUGCGCCCAGCCCAUCUAGGCCCUUGUGGUGAUGGGCGCUAUCAGUCAGCCUCUGGGCAGAAGGUGUCCCUGGAGCUCAAGCCACUGAGUGCGCUGCGGCCUGGUGUGAACAGUGGUGCUGUGGUCCUGGGAAAGGUGGUGUUCAGCCUUACCACAGAGGAGAAAGUCCCCUUUACAUUUGGCCUGGUAGAUUCAGAUGGACCUUGCUAUGCAGUGAUGGUGUAUAAUAUGGUGCAGAGUUGGGGAGUGCUCAUUGGGGACUCUGUAGCCAUCCCCGAGCCCAACCUUCGGCUUCAUCGAAUUCAGCACAGGGGAAAGGACUAUUCCUUUUCCAGUGUUCGUGUGGAGACGCCCCUCUUGCUAGUGGUGAAUGGAAAGCCUCAGGGCUCCAGCAGCCAGGCUGCUGCCACAGUGGCAUCGCGGUCACAGUGUGAAUGAUCUUCCUUGACUUGCGUGUUAAAGAGGGAGUGGAGGCGAGGAGAAAAGCUCCAGGGCACCCGGCAGCUGGACCAGCCACAUCCAGUGUCUCAUCUAGAAUGGGGGGAUAUUUUAGAAGACAACUUGCUCUUCCUGUGCCCUGUAAGACACUUUGUGUCCAUUCUUUCUCUCCUGUUCUGUUCCAGCACUCUCCAGGGCCACAUACUCCCCUGGUAUAUCUCUGCUGCCUCUUUUGUUGCUCUUCUAUGUUUUAGGUAAAGAGCAUGGAAUUGGGAUCUUGCCAUGGGACAGAGUCCCCAAGGUUCCUGUUCUUGCCUCCUUCCUGAGCCUCAUGUGUAUAUAUCGUUUGAGUAUUUAUUGCUAAGGGAGGGGGCUUAGUUUUUUUAUGGUUUGGUUUUUGAGCAAUUUUUAUUUUAUUUUUACUUUUAAAAUUUAGAACCUUCCCCUUCUUUGGGGCUGGAAUGGAAUUAAAUUUGUUUGGAAGAAAAUA